AACAAACGCGGCACACCGUAAACGCAGCCACCGCCACCUCUCUGGUACGUGUCCUUGCCCAACUCCACCCCUAUUUAUACUCCCUCCAAUACAUAUCAUAUUCCAUCCCAAAUCCCAACACACACAGUAUUCACGUCUUAUCUAAUUUUCUAACGAUGGCCAAUACUUCAGUGUUUCUCCUUUUCCUCUUAUUCCUAGUGGCAACACAGGCUAACGCCCUAAGAGGAAUUGUGGGAGGCAGAACAGAGGUGAAGAAUGUGAAAAACAAUAAGGAAGUGCAAGAUCUGGGCAAAUAUUGCGUGGAACAGUACAAUAGUAAGCAGAAGCACAGUGCAAACGGCAGAAAACUUCUCACGUUUUCGCAGGUGGUGGAAGCGGAGAAGCAGGUGGUUUCCGGGAUUAAGUACUAUCUCAAGAUCUCUACCGCCGUUUAUGGGAGCGGAAUUCCCAAGAAUUUCGAUGCAGUUGUGGUGGUCAAGCCGUGGGUGAACUCGAAAGAAUUGCUCAACUUUGCACCUUCAACACCAUCUCCUACCAAAUAGAUAUACCCACUGAUUUUUUUCCUUCCUGUUUUUGCCAUGACACAUGUUGGAAUGGUAUGGAAUAAAUAAUAAAUUGUUGAUCAUGGUGUACCUAAAAUCUUUAGUGGGAUAAGGAUAUUGUGAAGAAAACUAAUUUGCGUACUCA